AUGGAUGACCCCCCAGGUGUCCCCGAAACAACUCAAUCAGGCUUCCCUCAAUCUCCCUCCCAGUUCGACAGCGACCCACGAAUCUCUUUCUCCAAGCUCGAAGACAAAUGGAUCCUAGAAACAGAAGAGGGACCAGAAUACGAGUACAUCAAUGGACUGAAGAGAUGGGUACCAGUGCUGGACCAGUCGUUACUGGAAGAGCAGAGUAAAGCCUACAAAGUUGAAGGUGUAGAUGAGGAUGCGCCGGCUGCCGCUGCUGCGCCGAAGAAGAGAAAGAAACAGCACGUCAAUGGUGAGGAGGACCAACCAAUCCAGAAGCCCAAGAAAGCCCGCAUAAACACCGCCGUCUACGUAACCUCGCUGCCUUCCGACUCCACCCUCGAAGAGAUCAACUCCGUCUUCUCCAAGUGCGGCGUCAUCGCCGAGGAGAUCGAUCGCGGCCAGCCGCGGAUCAAGAUGUACGAGAACGACCAGGGAGGAUUCAAAGGCGAUGCGUUAAUCGUAUAUUUUCGACCCGAAUCCGUCAAUCUCGCCAUCCAGAUGCUGGACGAUACAAGUUUGAGGUUCGGCGAUGCGGAAAGGAUGAAGGUGCAGGCGGCGGAUUUUUCGUACAAGAGUCAGCAGGAUGCGCCGGUUAAAUCAAGCAAGAGGGAUCAGAAGAAGGUUAUAAGGAAGACGCAGAAGUUGAAUCACAAGCUUGCCGAUUGGAGUGAUGAUGACAUCUCUUCACUUCAGGACACGAGUUCGAGGUGGGACAAAGUCGUGAUUUUGAAGCAUAUGUUCACAUUGCAGGAGCUCGAGGAAGAUCCCGCUGCGAUACUCGAAAUCAAAGAAGACAUCCGAGACGAAUGUUCCAAACUCGGCGAAGUCACCAAUGUCGUUCUCUUUGACAGGGAACCGGACGGCGUGGCAAGCGUGCGCUUUGCUAACGCUGAGGCCGCCAAAGCAUGUGUUAGGUUGAUGGACGGGCGCUGGUUCGACGAAAGGCAGCUGAAAGCCUAUAUUGCGGAUGGAAGCGAGAAAUUCAAGAAGAGCAACGAGAAGAAGGGUGGCGACGUGGAGGAUGAGGAUGGAGAGAAUAGCGACGGAGGAGACGGUGUUGGAGGCGAGGGCGACAGGUUAGACAAGUUCGGGAAAUGGUUGGAAGAGGAGAAGAACACCAACAGCAAGAGAGAUGAUCAGCAGGACAACUAA